AAAAGGCAGAAACAGGAGAAAGUUGAGCAGUUAUUGAGAGAAGAGGCUGUUUGGAAGGGAACUUUAAUAUCUGCGCAACAUGAAGAAUCGUGAAGCAACAACGGAGGACCAGCGACAACCAAAGUGGGAUGCAGCAGCUAAAGCGAAAAUCGACGUUUCAAAUUCCGACAUCGCGGAGUCUAGGGACGUGGAUUUCAAGAUGACUGAGAGAAUACUCUACUCAGUGGUAGUCUACUAUGCCGUCCAGGCUCUUGUCAUAAUAGUUACAAACUGGGCCAAGUGGGACUUCAAAACUAAGCUAUUUUCGCUCGAAUGCCUCAACUAUGCUCUGUUCCUGCUGCUAUUGACCAGUGAGCAUUUUGGUGGUUUCUUCGGUAACAGAGCAACACUGAACGCUCUAAUCAGUCCGGAAUCGAAUGAAAAUGAAGAAACUGACAUAAAAUCAAGUCGUAAACAACAAAUGCUGGAUGAAAUGAACAAAGAGGGCAUGAGUUUCUUAAUAAUGGCAGGUCAUAGCACAAAGUGUCUCUACAUAAGCUACAGCUUCAACUCGAUUCAUGGUAUGUUGACUUAUUUGACCGGUAAUAAUCAGGAAAUUGAAGAACUGCCCAAGCCCUGCAUCAUCGAAAUACCAUUCCAAUAUAUAGCUCCACAACAGGAUACCAUUUUGCAUUAUGUAUUAGUGUCGGUCUUGCAUUGUUUAUACCUAUAUAUAUGCUAUUAUAUUACGGCUACUAUAUAUGUAUUCUGUGUGACUGGCUAUACGGCUGUGGCAGUUGAACUGAAAAUGUUUCUGGUGAGACUGAAGGAGCUGGAUGAGAUGUAUUUGCGAAAAAUUUUGAAUUUGGAUGAGAGAGGUCACGAAUUUGUGGAUUCCAACUUUCAAGAUGUCAUCGGGAACCGUGUGAAGAUGCUAGUGAUGGACCAUCAAAGAAUUUUCAGAAAAAUGAAUCAAUUGAGCAAGGGUAACGCGUACAUGAUUUUCUAUGUCAACGCUUUUGUCUGUAUUCAAAUCUGUUUGGCAAUCAUCAGUUUUCAAAAUGGGGCAAUUUCAGACAAACUCAAAUGCAGUUUCCGAGGUGCUUCAAUAAUCGCUUUCUGUUAUGUUUAUUCUGAGUAUGGCCAAGGCAUACAGGAAGAGUUUGAAAAUGUAAGAAUCGCAAUGUACGACCUCUGUGGCUAUGGAAAGCCGGUGUGGAUUCAGAAAACAUUCCUCAUCCUCAUGAUUAGAAACACUCACAUCCCUCAACUGUCAUUCUACAAGACGUUCACCAAUGAAAGAAGGAACCUUGCAAAUGUUACUCGUGCCGCAUACUCCUAUUUCAACUUGCUAAAUCAACGUAAUAAGCUACUCAAUCACAAUUGAAGCAAUAUGGAAGAGAUUGCCUAAAAAUUGGAUGCGAAUUUUUAUUGUUGAUGUUUUGCUUUAUGAUAGAUAAUCUCUAUAUAUCAACAUUCUAUCAUUCAACAAUCUAUUGUGAUGUAAUUGAUGAGUAAUAAAUAUUUUGAGAUGAUCAUCGAUAAUGAAGUUUCAAUAGUUUAACUAAUGGUUCAAGCUAUUGAGAAAUCAAUAAAUUUCAUGGAGUGAUUGAAA